ACUCUGGGAGUCCUGAGGGAUGGAUUUGGGAGUUUGGGGUUGGAUUUGGGGCUUUAGGAGGAGGGGAAAGAGUUAAAGGUGGCUGAGGUGCCUGGGAUCUCCUGAGAAAUGAAUUUGGGAAUUUUGGAGUUGGAUUGAGGAUUUUUAGGAGGAGGGGAAAUGGUUAAAGGCGGCUGAGGUGCGCAGAGAACUUUGGGAUCUCCUGAGGGAUGGAUUUGGGAAUUUUUAGGGUUUUUUUAGGAGGAAGGGAAAGAGUUAAAGGCGGCUGAGCUGGAGCAGAGAACUCUGGGAUCUCCUGAGGGAUGGAUUUGGGAGUUUGGGGCUGGAUUUGGGGUUUUUAGCAGAAGGGGAGAGAGUUCCGGGGGCUGAGGUGCCCGGGAUCUCCUGAGGGAUGGAUUUGGGGAUUUGAGGAUUGGAUUUAGGAUAUUUGAGAGGAAGGGAAGGAGUUAAAAGUGGCUGAGGUGUCUGGGUCUUCUUAAAAGAUUUUGGGAAUUUUGGGGUUGGAUUUGGGAUUUUUUAUGAGGAGGAGAGAGAGUUAAAGGUUGAGGUGCAGCAGAGAACUCUGGGAGCUCCUGAGAGAAGGAUUUGGGAGUUUUGGGUUGUUUUUAGGGGUUUUUAGGAGGAGCGGAAAGAGUUCCUCGGCCUGAGGUGCCUGGGAUCUCCUGAAAAGGUUUUGGGAAUUUUAGGGUUGGAUUUAGGAUUUUGUAGGAGGAAGGGAAAUGGUUAAAGGCGGCUGAGCUGGAGCAGAAAACUCUGGGAUCUCCUGAGAGAAGGAUUUGGGAGUUUUGGGUUGUUUUUGGGGGUUUUUAGGAGGAGCGGAAAGAGUUCCUGGGCCUGAGGUGCCUGGGAUCUCCUGAAAAGGUUUUGGGAAUUUUAGGGUUGGAUUUAGGAUUUUGUAGGAGGAAGGGAAAUGGUUAAAGGCGGCUGAGCUGGAGCAGAGAACUCCGGGACCACCUGACCGAGGGAAUUGUGGGUUUGGGGUCGGUUUUAGGAUUUUUUUAGGAGGAGAGGAAAGAGUUCCUGGGGUUGAAGGGGUGUGGGAUCUCCCGAGGGAUGGAUUUGGGAAUUUUAGGGUUGGAUUUAGUAUUUUUUGGGAGGAAGGGAAAGAGUUAAAGGUGGCUGAGGUGGAGCAGAGAACUCUGGGAUCUCCUGAGGGAUGGGUUUGUGGGUUUGGAGCUGGAUUUGGGGUUUUUAGGAGGAGAGGAAAGAGUUCCUGGGGUUGAAGUUUGUGGGAUCUCCCGAGGGAUGGAUUUGGGAAUUUUGGGGUUGGAUGUAGGAGGGCGGGGAAGAGUUAAAGGCUGAGGUGCAGCAGAGAACUCUGGGACCGCCUGACCGAGGGAUUUGUGGGUUUGGGGUCGUUUUUGGGGUUUUCAGGAGGAGGGGAAAUGGUUAAAGGCGGCUGAGGUGUCAGAUCCCCUGAGAGGAUUUGGGAAUUUUGGGGUUGGAUUUAGGAUUUUAGGAGAAAGGGAAGGAGUUAAAGGUUGAGGUGCAGCAGAGAUCCCUGGGAGCUCCUGGGAGAAGGAUUUGAGUUUGGGGUUGGUUUUAAGGUUUUUUAGGAGGCGGGGAAAUGGUCCCUGGGGCUGAACCCUCUGGGAUCUCCCGAAAAGCUUUUAGGAAUUUUGGGGCGGGAUUUAGGAUUUUAAGGAGGAGGGGAAGUGGUUAAAGGUGGUUGAGAUGUCUGGGAUCUCCCGACGGAUGGAUUUGGGAAUUUUAGGGUUGGAUUUAGGAUUUUUAGGAGGAGGGGAAGGAGUUAAAGUGGCUGAGGUGUCUGGGAUGGAUUUGGGAAUUUUAGGGUUGGAUUUAGGAUUUUUAGGAGGAGGGGAAGGAGUUAAAGUGGCUGAGGUGUCUGGGAUGGAUUUGGGAAUUUUAGGGUUGGAUUUAGGAUUUUUAGGAGCAGGGCAAAGAGUUAAAGUGGCUGAGCUGCACGGAGAACUCUGGGAGCUCCCGACCGAUGGAUUUGGGAAUUUUGGGGUGGGAUUUAGGGUUUUUAGGAAAGAAUCAAAGGUGGCUGAGAGGUCUGGGGUCUCCUUAAAAAGUUUUAGAACUUUUGGAGUCGGAUUUAGGAUUUUUUUAGGAGGAGGGGGAAGGGUUAAAGGUGGCUGAGGUGCACAGAGAAUUCCGGAACUCCUGAGGGAUGGAUUUGGGAUUCUUAGGGUUGGAUUUAGGAUUUUUUAGGAGGAAGGGAAAGUGUUAAAGGUGGCUGAGCUGGAGCAGAGAACUCUGGGAUCUUCUGACCGAUGGAUUUGGGAAUUUUGGGGUCGGAUUUGGGGUUUUUAGGAGGAGGGGAAAGAGUUAAAGGUGUCUGAGGUGCCUGGGAUGGAUUUGGGAUCUUUAGGAUUGGAUUAAGGAUUUUUUAGGAGGAAAGGAAAGAGUUAAAGGCUGAGCUGCACUGAGAACUCCGGAAUCUCCUGACCGACGGAUUUGGGAAUUUUCGGGCUGGAUUUAGGAUUUUUAGGAGGAGGGGAGAGAGUUAAAAGUGGUUGAGCUGCACGGAGAACUCUGGGAUCUCCCGACCGAUGGAUUUGGGGAUUUUGGGGGUUUUUGGGGGGUUUUUAGGAGGAAGGGAAAUGGUUAAAGGUGGCUGAGAUACCUGGGGUCUCCUCAUCGAUGGAUCUGGGAAUUUUGGGGUCUGAUUUGGGAUUUUUUAGGAAGAAGGGAAAGAGUUAAAGGUUGGGGGCGCAGCAGAGAACUCUGGGAGCUCCUGCCCGAGAGAUUCGGGAAGUUUGGGGUUUUUUGGGGGUUUAAAUGCGGAAGGGAAGCGGCUCGCGGCGCCUGUGAAUGGCAGGGAAAAUCUCCUUUUCCAAGGAAUUCCUGGAAUUCCCAGCAAAUGGGAGCGAGCCUGGAAGGAGAAGAAAAAAAUCCUCAAUUUUUUUUUUUUUUUUUUUUUUUUUUUUUAAUUUAUUUUGGGGAGAACAGAGCGAGGCUGAGAAACGAAACUUGCCCCAAACCCCUCCUGACCUUUUUUCCCUUUCGCUUCUCGAAAUUUCAACUUCCCGAAAAUUCAACUUCCCCGAAAUCCGGGAUGACAAAAUCCGGGAUGACAAAAUCCGGCAUGACAAAAUCCGGGAUUAUUUAAAUAAUAAUUAAAAAAAAAAAAAAAAGGAAAAAAAAGGAAACAAAGCGGGGAGGAAAAGGAGGAGCAGGAACUUUGGGGAGCCAAGAUUUGGGGUUUUGUAAUCCCGUGGGUGUUUGGGAUUUGGGGCUCUGCCUCCAAAUGUGGGAGGGAAAGAUGGGAGGGAAAAGUUCCAGCCUCGGGAACACCGAGAAUUCCCGGAUUUCUGCGCCUCCCGGAGAUUUCUCCAGCCGGGAAUUCUCCUGCGCUGCCUCAUUCCAGGCCAUGUCCACGGCUGGAAUUUCGGGAAUUUUGGGAUCAUUGCUCCAGCUGGAGGAAACCUUCUCCUCCUGCCUGGCCCGGAUCGACGCCCUCAUCCUCAAACCUCUGCUCCAGGCAGAGCCACAGGAUCCGAAGGAAAAGGAGAACUUCCAGCUCUUGGUGCUCCUCAAUGGUCGCUUCCAAACCCUCUGGAAUUUCACGGAGGAGAAUUCCCGGACCCUGAGGGGGAAAUCCCAGUUGGAAAAUUCCGGUUGUAUCCAGGAUUUUUACAUCCUCUGGAAAGGAGAAGUUUUCCUCAGCCUCUACAUCCAGUAUUUCGUCACCUUCGCCAACUUUGUCGUGGUCCAGGGCUUCGAGCAGGCUGCCAGGAGCAAGAGCGAGGCCUGGAAGCUGCACAAGGCGGUGCUGAAGGAAUUCCUGCGGGAUUUCACCUCGGAGAGCUCCCUGGGCCUGGCCCUGCACUUGGUGCUCCACAAACCCUUCCGGGAGCACAUCCAGAGCUACCUGCAGCUCCUCUCCCAGCUCCAGGAGCAGCUCCAGGAGGGGUCAGAGCGGGAUGUGGUGGCCACUGUGGUGCAGGAAUUUGGGAAGCUGGAAUCCUUCAUUGGCCAGGUCCUGGAUGAAGCCGGAUUCACCAAGGAGCUCUGGAAAUCCCUGGGAUACAAAUUCACCGACGUGCUGUGUGUCCCUGAGCGGAGGCUCCUGGAGGACAGCAGGAACCUUCCCGUGGCGUCCGGCACCGCCCGCUCCGAGCGGCUCCUGCUCUUCGACGACGUCCUGGUGCUCAUCCAGGGAAACAGUUUCCAAAGUUUUGAUCUGAAGCUGGUAUGGGUGGAUGAAAACUGCGGAGAGAAAUCGGCUCCAGGAAUGCACAGCCUACGCAUCACAACCCCGGAAGAGACGUUCGUCCUCUCCGCCAAGGACCCUCAGACCAAGGCCGUGUGGCGGUGGAAGCUGGAGCAGGCCGUGCGCCAGGCGCUGAACGGGAAGCGGGAUUUCCCUCUCUGGGGCAGCCGCGGGGAGGGCAGCCAGGCCCCGAGCCGCCGCUUCUUCACCUACGCCUUCCGCAUGGAGGGACGGCUCCGCGGGGCCACCUACGAGGGAGAGUGGCUCUGGGGGAAGCCCCAUGGCAAGGGGACGCUGAAGUGGCGCGAUGGACGCAACCACGUCGGGGAUUUCCAGGAGGGCCUGGAGCACGGGUUUGGGAUCUGCCUGGUGCCGCGGCGCUCCGAGGAUCGCUACGACUGCUACAAGUGCCACUGGUACCGGGGCAAGAUGAGGGGCUAUGGAAUCUGUGAGUACGGGAAUGACCUGGUCUACAAGGGCUACUUCAAGGACAACGUGCGCCAAGGCUUUGGGAUCCUGGAGAACUUCUCGGCUGAGCAUCCCUUCAAAUACACGGGACACUGGGAGAACGACAAAAAGAACGGAUACGGAGUCUGGGAAGACAAGGAGAGAGGGGAGAGGUACAUCGGGAUGUGGCUGGAUGACCACAGGCACGGAGAGGGCAUCGUGGUGACCCAGUCAGGGCUCUGCUACCAGAGGACAUUCCAUGCGGAUAAAAUGGUGGGCUCGGGAAUUCUGCUCCUGGAAGACGACUCCGUCUACGAAGGGAACUUCACGGAAGAGCUGACAUUUGUUGGAAAGGGGAGGCUCUCCAUGGCCAACGGCUUCGUGCUGGAGGGGACGUUCAGCUCGCGCGGGGGCCGCGGGCUCAGCACCCACGGAGUCCUCAGCACCCACGGAGUCCUCAGCACCCACGGAGGGCUCGGCACCCACAGAGGGCUCAGCACCCACGGAGGGCUCGGCACCCACGGAGGGCUCGGCACCCACGGCAUCCUCAGCACCCACAGCGGGCUCAGCACCCACGGAGGGCUCAGCACCCACGGAGGGCUCAGCACCCACGGAGGGCUCAGCACCCACAGCCCUGAGCCCCAGCGGGCACCGGUCACCGACCAGCUGGGCCUCAAGGAAUUCCCAGUGGAGAAGAGAUGGACGGGAAUCUUCGAGCAAUUCCUGGAAUUCCUCCAUUCCGGCUGCAAGGAGGAAAUGGAGGAAUCCUUCACGGGAUUCCACAUCCAAACCAGCAAGGAGCUGAGGAAAUCCCAGGAAUAUCUGUUCUGCCAGAGAGGCUCUGAGGAGAUUUCUUGGAAAAUUGAGGAGAUCCUGGAGGAGCUUGUCCAGCACCAGGAGCCGGAGUCGCUCCAGAGUUACUUGGAGAAGGCGUUGGGAUCUUCCCUGCAUCCCUUGGGAAAGCUGCUCCGGGCUCUGACCGUGGCGUUCCAGGCAACGUAUUCCGGGAUCGGGGCCAACCGGCACCUGCUGGCCAUGGCGCAGGAGGAGGUCAAGUUCUACUCCAAGAAAAUUUGGGAAUUCUACCAGGGUUUGCUCCGGCUGGCCCUGGAGCGGAAGGGCCGCGCGCCCGCGCAGGACGCGGAUCCCAGCCUCGGGAAGGGCUCCAGCCUGGUGCUGCCGCUGAUCCUGCCCGGAUUCUAUCCCGAGCUCUCCAUGCUCUACAUGCUCCAGCACCAGCGCGAGGACGAGCUCUACUGCCAGGGAAUCGUGGAGCUCAGCCUCUUCCCGGAUAUCCAGCUCCUGGAAUUCCUGGAUGUGCAGAAGCACCUGUGGCCUCUCAAAGAUCUCACCCUGACCUCCAACCAGAGGCGCUCCCUGAUCAAGGAUAAAUGUUUCCUGUCUGCCACCGAGUGUCUGCAGAAGCUCAUCACGACGGUGGAUCCCAGGGAGAAGCUGGAGAUCCUGCGGCAGACCUACGAGGAGCUGGAGCUGACGGUGUCGCGGCUGCCGGGCGCCGAGCGCCGCCUGCCCAUGGACGACCUCCUGCCGCUGCUCGUCUUCGUCGUGUCCCGAGCCAGGAUCCAACACCUGGGAGCUGAAAUCCACCUGAUCCGGGAUUUGAUGGAUCCGACCAACCAGGGCGGAAUGUUGGACUUCCUGCUGACGGCUCUGGAGUCGUGCUAUGAACACAUCCAGAGGAUCCGGCUCCAUCCAAAGGAAAACUCCCACAGCUCCUGAUCCAUGGGGAAAACCCAGAUUUUCCCGGAUUUUCUGGACAAAGCGGGAAUUUUACCCCUGGCUGCCUUUAAAGGGAAGAAUUCCUCCCCAGCCGAGGUUUUCCUGAUCCCAAAAAACACUGGAAGGGCUGGAAUUUCCAUCUCUUGAGGUUUUUUUUUUCGGAGUUUUAUCCCCUUUUCCUGCAAAUUAUUCCCAGGAAAAAUCUCCUUUUCCUGCUCAGGAUGGGGUUUUUCUUUUUUGCACUGGAGAAUUCCCAGAAAAAGAAGGAAUUUCUUUGGGAAAACCCAUUUUUUAAUGGGAUUUCUUGGACUGGGAAGGAGAGCUCAUCCCAAAACUCCGAAAAAUUCCUGGAAUGAGAGGAGAUUUUUCCCACCCCUCUUUUUCCUACUUUUCCCAACUCAGGAUUUCUCCAAUUCCACUUGGAAGCUGCUAUUCCCAAAUUUCCUGAUUUUCCCAUGCUCCAAGAUUUUGCUUUAUCCUUGGGAGACCUCAGGGGUGAUCCCACACCUUGGAAUUCUGGGGGGGGGGGGCUUGGAAAAAACGCGGAAUUCUCCCGGAUUUUGGGAAAUUCCGGGGAAACAACCAGAAAUGAUGGAAUAGAACCUCCAAUCCCAACUGGAUUCGUGCCCCGAGCUGGAAUUUCCCUUUGGAAAAGGAAUAUUUGGGAUAUUCCCAAUGGAUAUUUGGGAUGCUGUUCCCAGCAUCCCAAAACAAUUUAAAAAGAGCCUAAAAAAAUCUUAUUUUUGACAGCUUUUAUCCCUUUUUUUUUCAUUUUUCCUGGGAUUUUUUUUCCUAUCCAGGACAAUAAAACUCCCCAAGCUUUUCCCAGCUGUUUUUUCCCAAGUUUUCCUGAUUUUCUAAAUGAAGGAAAAGUGGAUCCUGGAUAUUUUUGGAAAUGGAAGAAUUGGAAAUCCAAAGCUUUAAAUAAAUGGGAUUUUUGUCAUUUUUUCCUUGGGAUUUCUUCAUUUUUCCCAGGAAUUUUUUACUUUAUCCAGAUGACUCCGGGAAAACAAAACCCCCCAAGAUUUUUCCUCCCAUUUUUCCCAAAUUUUAUCCUUUAAUAAAGAACAGAUUAAUCACAAGAAUUAAUUUAUUAAUGAGAGAAUCCCAUGGGAAGAUUGCCAGGAAUUUUUUAUUUAGAUAAAAUCAUUGGAAUUUUGAAGAAAUUCCAGGAUCCACGUGCUCCUUAUUCCAGUUUUUCUUGUUUUCAGGAAUUCGGGGAUUUUCUAAACAAAGGGAAAGUGGAUCCUGGAUAUUUUUGGGAACAAAAAAUUGGAAAUCCAAAGCUUUCAAAAAAUGGGAUUUUUGUCAUUUUUUCCCUUGGGAUUUCUUCAUUUUUCCAAGGAAUGUUUUGCCUUAUCCAGGUGACUCUGGGAAAACAAAACCCCCCCAGAUUUUUCCUCCCAUUUUCCCUGAAUUUCAUCCUUUAAUAAAUAACAGAUUAAUUCCUGUAUUAACUAAUUAAGAAUUAAUAUAUUAACGAGAGGAUCUCACUGGAAGUUUGCCAGGAAUUUUUAUUUAAAUAAAACUCUUGGAAUUUUGAAGA